AUGCCUAAUUAUCAAUUAUUAUGUAUUUUCAAGAAUUUACCCAAACCCGAGCUUAUGUCAGGAAUAAAAGCCGCAGCAACAUGUAUCUUAGAUAACAAUGGUAUUAUAAAAUCAUUUGAAAAUAUUGGUUUACGUCGUCUUCCUAUUCGUCUUUUUGGUAAUGAUAUGCAAGUUUAUCGUGAAGGACAUUAUGUUUUUAUCAACUUCAUUUCGGGUACAACAAAACUUUAUGAAAUAAUGGGUGCACUUAAACGUGAAAGUGAUAUAUUACGACGAGUUAUGUCAAAUGAUGAUGAAGUUAAUGAGAAACAUGCUUGUCACUGUGACAAAUAUGGAUAUUUUGUAACGGAUCUUGUUGAUUAUACAAAACCAUUGACUGUUUGGAAUAAGAAAAUAACAGAUCCAUUGUAUAAAAAGCGUUUGUAA